CAGUCGACGACGGAUAUUGAGGAGAUAUUUUUAAAAAUAAUUCAAGAAAAAAUCUCAAUACCGUUUUAAAAUGGACCAAUCAGAAGGCGAAUAAAGAAAAUCGAAAUUUCUAGUUGGGUGGUAAUGGCGUUUACCUUUCUUGGAAGGAAGAUCAGCCGCCACCUGCUGUUACCGUCCAUUGCACAGUGAAACCAAGCAGACUAUGGUGCCUUUCUCUAAAUUCAUCUACCGCCGUGCUUGUAUUUUUAUUGGAAUUAUUUAGGCACGUCUAUGAUCAUCUUCCUAAUGAAUCUCUUGUGAAAAGAAGCCGAAUAUCGUAGCCUCUCGUCAUUCAUUCAACGCUUUUAUUUUACACAAAACUCGAUCACACACACAAAAUGCCUAUUCGUCGUAAUAUUGAGAAUGGAGAGUGCCAGCCAAAUCAAGAGCAUACUCCUCCAAGUGCCCUUUUGACCCCAGAUUCUUCACCCAGUAGUAGUAUUGCCUCAUAUGAAAAGCCUGAUCUGUACACCAUUGAUCCUGGGAACCCCACAAACACAGAAAAUGGCAAUACCCACAAUCCAUUGCUAUUGCUCAAGUCACCUUCAAACAAGCCUUCCAGGAAAAAAAAAGGCCGUACAAAAAAGCGCCGAGUUGUUUCAACACAUCGAAAUUCAUUGUCACCUAAGCAAAAGCCAAAAACAUCGACCCGGCAAAAGAAGAAUGAUAAUAAUAAUAAUGUUCAGGGACAAACUUCUGUCACAGAUUAUUUUCCCGUCAGAAGAAGUAACAGACAGACAAAGAAAUUUUUGGAGUGGAAAAGAUAUCAAGAUAUUGAAUCUGCUGUACUCAACAGGACAGAGGAUGGUCUAAAGGUGGUUGAUUUCAAUGGUAAAGGGCGAGGUGUGAUUGCCACCAGAUCGUUCAAGAAAGGGGAAUUUGUUGUAGAAUAUGCUGGAGAUCUUAUAAGUUAUCCAGCAGCCAAAGAUCGAGAACGUAUUUAUGCUUCGGACCCUGGUUUUGGCUGCUAUAUGUACUAUUUUGUCUACAACAGCAAAAAUUAUUGUGUUGACGCUACUGAUGAAAGUGGACGUUUAGGUCGGCUGAUUAACCACAGUCGCUCAGGAAACUGCCGGACUAAGCUGAUUGGUAUCAAAGGCCGUCCUUAUUUAAUUUUGGUUGCAUCACGGAAUAUAAACAAUGGUGAGGAGCUUCUCUACGACUACGGUGACCGGAGCAAAGCAUCCAUAGCUGCCCAUCCCUGGCUACGGGAUUGAUUGUACUUCAUCCUAGUUCCAUCAAUCUCCUACCUCACUUAUCGACUUAUUAAGUGUCUGAUUCAAAAGUAAAUACCAUAUUGCGACUGUACAUACCUACCACAAGCCAACUUCAACUUGCUCUGUUUUAAGGGCUGAAAUUUUUUUUCUUUUUUUUUUUCUUUCUUUUUUUUCUUUUGGAAAGUUGUAUAUUUUACUCUGUUACUUCUAAGAAGUGCCAUUCCUGUUUCAUGACAGUGUUUUCCCAAUUGCUUCUCACAUAGAAAACAUCUAUAGAUUGUUCCUUCUUUCCUAUUUUUUUUUUUUUAAUCUUUUUCUAAAUACCUGUUUAAAUAAACUUCUGUAACCUGAAUCAGUACAUUGAAUG